AUGGCAGCCCCCCCCCCAUCGACCCCCGUAAUCGUAGGCGUCGGCGAGACUGCCAACCGGUCCAAACGCGUGGAAGAUGCCCGCGAACCUCUGGACCUGAUGCUCGAUGCCGUCCGCAAGGCCAUAGGUGACGCCGGCGUCCAGGAAGAGGACAUCAUCCCUCUCAUCGACACCAUCUCCGUCGUGCCGCCUUGGUCGUGGCCCUACAAGGACCUUCCUAGCCUUGUAGCCUCCAAGCUGGGCGUCAGGAACGCCAAGAAUCUCGAGCUAGGCAUCCACGGGGGUAACCAGCCCGUCAUGCUGUGCGACCAGGCAGCUCGGCAGGUGGCGUCUGGGGAGGGCAAGGUGGCCGUCAUCACGGGUGGUGAAGCCCUCGCCUCUUUGGCGGCCUGUCGGAAGGCCGGGGAGACCCCGCGGGGAUGGACGGCCCCUGACCCGACGCAAUCGUCGCUGGACAUUAGCAAUCUCGAUAUCCGGGGGAAGAAUGUGGGCACGAGACACGGCAUGGGUCUACCAAUCCAUGUCUACCCGAUGUACGAGAACGCCUCGAGAGCGCACAGGAAGCAGAGUUACAGCGACAACAACGAGGAGUCACAGGAGAUGUACGCGGCUUUUGAUCGUACAGCAUGCUCCCUCGAGUACAGCUGGAGGUCCGGUCAGCGCCCCAAGACUGCCAAGGAGAUUGGCACGCCGACCGAACGCAACAGGAUGAUUUGCACGCCUUACCCGCUCCUCAUGAAUGCCUUUAAUAAUAUCAACUUGGCGGCUGCCGCCAUCGUCACCACCGUCCAUCACGCCGAGGCUCUCGGGAUUCCUCUCUGGGAGCGCCCGUGCUACCAUCGCAGUCAGGCCAUCGAGCAGUCUAUUGAUGCAGCCAUGCGUCGGUCUGGUAUCGAUAAGAGUGACAUCGACUGCUAUGACUUUUACUCGUGCUUCCCCAUUGUUCCUAAGCUUGCCUGCAGACACCUGGGUCUUGAUCCUGUGUCGCCAUCUAAACCUAUCUCUCUCCUGGGCGGGUUGACUUCGUUUGGCGGAGCAGGGAACAAUUACUCUUUGCAUGCUAUUGCCGAAAUGACGCGACAGAUCCGCAACGGGUCGUACAAGACGGGCCUCAUCCUCGCCAACGGCGGCGUCCUCACAUAUCAGCACGCGAUAUGUCUAUCAUCAGCGCCUCGACGCGAUAGCUCGCCCUACCCCGGUGGCGACGCCCAGCCUGAGCUUGUUGAGGCGGGUGAUGUUCCGGUGCCGGUAUUUGACGAGUUGGCCGACGGAGAGGCGACCAUAGAGGCCUUCACGGUUGAGUUUGACCGCAAGGGUCAGCCUCGCCAGGCUCUGAUCAUAGGGAUUCUCGAUGGCAACGGACACAGAUUUCUGGCUAACCACGGCGACCAGUUGACAUUGCGGAAGCUGUGCGAUACAAAUUUGGAGCCCGUGGGGAUGAAAGGGACUGUCAGGACGCAGAGUGAUGGGAGGAACACGUUUGUGCUCGGUCCAGGUGGGAAGCUGUAG